GGGUACUGCGCCCUCCAGGUGGAGGUUCCAAUUUCAACUUGAGCUUUGAUUUGCCAAAAGAGCAGCCGGUGCGAAGGAACAAAAUGGCAUCCAACAUCUUUGGUCUUCCUGAAGAGAAUCCAAUUUCUAGGGCUGGCUCAACAGGGGCCAUGCCCGGAGGUGUCAGAGAAGAUUCUGAACCAUCUGGACCACAAAGGAUAAACGCUUCUGAUGCAAACUGUGGGGACUUUGUAGAUCCAAAGGACGGGGAAAGCGGUGAAACUUUUGAAAACAUUGAGGCUGACAUAGAAGCUGCUCCAGGCCAGAGUGAAGAAAAAACCCUGCCUGCUGCACCUGUUCCUAGUCCAGUAGCACCAGUACCUGCACCAUCCAGGAGAAAUCCACCUGGUGGAAAGUCCAGCCUAGUCCUCGGUUAAACGUGUUCCUUUCUGACUGUUUUGAACUCGUGUCUGUUUCUUUUCCCCCCAUGCUUGUGAACUGCACAACUUGAGCCUGACUGUACAUCUCGAAUUUCUUUCAUUAAAAAGAAGCACUUUA